GCCGAUCCGGAAGCGGAGUUUGAAGCACGACGAAACCCGAAGUUGCAAGGCCCUCCCCGCCAACCAGAACAUCCUCCAGGCAUAUUCCACAAACAGUCCUUUCAAUCAUGUCUUUCGCCGGCAGACGCAGAGGGAACAAGGUCAAGAAGGGUGUCCAGUUCACCGUCAUGGUUGUCGGUGCCUCUGGUACUGGACGCACCACCUUCGUGAACACCCUUUGCGAGUCGGAGGUAUUGACACACAAGGUUUGCGAUAGCCCUGAGACUGCUCAUGUUGAGGAAGGCAUCAGGAUCAAGCCUGUGAACGUCGAGUUGGAGGAGGAUGGUGUCCGUAUUGCGCUCACCAUUGUUGAUACCCCUGGGUUUGGUGACAACAUUGAUAAUGAGUUCGCGUUCCAAGAGAUUGUCGGUUACCUCGAACGCCAAUACGAUGAUAUUCUCGCAGAGGAGUCUCGUAUCAAGCGUAACCCUCGAUUCCGCGAUAACCGAGUCCACGCUCUUCUCUACUUCAUCUCUCCAACUGGGCACGCGCUGAGAGAAAUGGACAUUGAGCUCAUGCGUCGUCUUUCUCCUCGUGUCAAUGUUAUCCCCGUCAUUGGCAAGGCCGAUUCAUUGACUCCAAGUGAGCUCCGAGGCUUCAAGAAGAGGAUCAUGGAGGAUAUUGAGUACUACGAUAUCCCGGUCUACAACUUCCCUUAUGAUGUCGAGGAGGAUGACGAGGAUACUAUUCAGGACAACAGUGAACUUCGUGGCAUGAUGCCCUUCUCUAUUGUCGGAUCCGAGGAGGAAGUUGAGAUUGAUGGCGAGGCAGUUCGGGCUAGGAUCUACCCAUGGGGUAUUGUUGAGAUCGACAACCCCAAGCACACCGAUUUCAGUCGUUUGCGGGGCGCUCUGCUCAACACUCACUUGUCCGAUUUGAAGGCGCUCACUCACGAUGUCUUGUACGAAACUUACCGUACUGAGAAGCUUUCCAGGACAGUACACUCAGAGACCCAGUAUGUCGGUUUUCCGUCCAUCCUUCGUUCCACACGCUUACAGUGUUUUCUCAGGGAUUCUUCCAUUCUCCCCGAGGAACUCGCUUCCCAGAGCGUGCGCCUCAAGGAGGAGCAGCUCCGCAGGGAGGAGGAGAAGUUGCGCGAGAUCGAGUUGCGCGUGCAACGCGAGAUCAACGAGAAGAGACAAGAACUGCUUGCGAAGGAAGAGUCUCUCAGGAAUCUGGAGAGCCGACUCGCAGCUCAAGGCUCUCAGUCAGAGUUCCGCGAGUGAGACUCUCACCCAAAAGCUCUUCUAUAUCCACGCUGGGAUGCCAAGAUACCCCCAAACGUUCGACAGAUGCUUUUCGAGAACUUUUGGUGUUCUGCUACACAUUGCGCCUUCCUUCUUUUUGGGCUUUGAACCGGAUAAUUGUUCGUUAUCACUUUUUUUCUCCCUCUCUAUCAAGCUCGUCCACGAGAACAAGUCUGUGCGGGUCCUCAUCAACUUCGGACGUUCUAGCGCUCUUUUGAAAAUGGAUGUUCUGUUCUGUGAUUUCCGCUUGUUUCCAGUCUGUAUAGACUCGCCUGCCGUUCUUUUGGUUCUUUUCCCAUACCUUAUGUCCGAGUAGUGAUUUUGUGGGAAGGAUAUAUCUGUCCUUGCCAGCAAACCCUGUGUGAGAGUGACAUUGAUUGGCAAUGAAUUGACAGAUGAGGAUCAAAGUUAGACGAUACGGCGAUACGGCCUGAUAGACUGGGAGGAUAAUUGGGAAUAACUUUUUUUGCAGAGAACUAGAUCGCAAGAAGGCUUGAGAAAGCGAAUUCUCUUCAUCCGACCGCGAUCGCUCUGGUCAAGCAUGUCGCAAUGAAAGUGCGGAAGGGCGUCAAGCAACAGGUUCAGUAGCUAAAGUAGUUUGCAUGCAGCCUUCAAUAGUGUAAGAAGGGGCUUGUAACCCCGUUGCAGCGACAUUAGAAUGAAAGGAAACACAGUCUUAAACGUCGAUCAGUGUUUGGGCA